UUUUCCUUACCGAUCGGUAACCGGCGGUUACCGCCGAUUUUUACCGAUACCGGUGAAAGGCGAUAACACAAACCGGCGGUAAAUUAUGAAAAAUUUCGCCAAAGUUUAAAAUUUUCAAAAAAAUUUGAAAUAAAUUACGCAAAAAUAUGGUAAGAAAGUAGAGAUCACAUACAUCAUUCUGAUAUAGAACAUGUUCAAAUAUUUGACCAUUUGGGCACCGAAAAAAAUAAAAAAACAUUCGGAACCCGUUAAGACCCAUUAACCCGUUAACCCAUUAGCUUUUUUUUACUACCCCACCGACACCCCCAUGUCCCCAUCUAACCCGUGAGUCACUUUCCCCUCCCCCUCCACCCCUUUCGCCCGAGCUCCGGCGAUAUCAAGGCGAUCCCCGUCGAUUUCGGCUUCAAGACGAUAUUUAUCGCCGGUAAGGCGGCGGAAGCCGGGAGGUAGGAGCGGGAAUCGCUCGCUCGGCCGCCGGCCUGCCGCGGACGUCGGUAAACGUCGGUAAAUCGGUGGUUUCCGGCGGUAAGGCGGCGAUUACCGACGGUACGGUGUCGGUAGAGAAACCGGUGUGGCCGUCGUGGAGCGGGAUCCGCUAAUACCGAGCGGUAUUUGGAGAUUCCCGAGCGGUUUUCGUCGCUUUUGGACCGGCAAAUGGUGGAUCCGGUGUGGGAGCAUGGAGAGAAGAGAGGUAAUGGAUGGAAGUGCAACUAUUGCCAUCAACAGAGGAAUGGGGGAGGAGCAACAAGGCUUAAGGAGCAUUUGGCGCAACGUGGGAAGGAUGCGAAGGACUGUCCUUCGGUCCCUCUUGAAGUGAAGACGUUUUUUAACCGUGAGCUUGACAGGAUCAGAGGCAAAAGGAUGGAAAGGGAGCGGUCAAAGAUGAGGGCCGAUGAGGCAGCUAGAAGUAGUUAUGUGCACUUGGAAGAUGAGGAAGAUGAUCCAGAUAUGCAAGAGGCCCUACAUCAAUCACGUCAGGAGUUUCAAUUUCAGCAGAAGGCCGGUCCACGGUAUGAGAGGGGUGGUGGCUCUGGUUCAGGAGGUGGCCCAAGAUUGACGAGGAGUCAGACACAGAUCCCUCAAAGACUUAGAUAUUUCCACCUAGCGACCGUCUCUGGACCGCGGCAGUCAAGGAUAGAUACUGGACCAUGGACCAACAAGGGUAGGAGUGCGAAGGAAAGGGUGGGAAAAGCUUGGGCAAAGGCACUGCAUGCACUUGGUAUACCUGGUAGGAAAGUGGAUGACCCCUAUUUCAGGGCAGCCAUCAUAGAGACACAAAACCAAGGAGUUGGUGUCCAGCUGCCAACUGGCAAGGAGAUAGAUGGCAAGUACUUGGACGCUACUAUAACUGAGAUUGAAAAGGAGAUAGAGAAGUGGAAGGAAGAGUGGCCACAACAUGGUCUGACAAUUAUGUGUGAUUCUUGGACCGGUGUAAGUCGUAACAGUGUCGUCAACUUCUUAAUUUAUAGCAAUGGGAUGAUGUACUUUUGGAAGUCUGUCGAUGCAACUGGUGUGGUUCAAAACCAUGCAUUCUUGCUAACGGAGAUCAAAAAAAUUGUACGUGAUGUUGGGCCCGAAAAUGUUGUGCAGAUUGUCACAGAUAAUGGCUCAAACUUCAAGAAGGCAUGUGCGUUGUUGCAUGAGGAGUACAACCAUAUCGUGUGGCAGCCAUGUCUUGCACACACCAUCAACCUCAUGUUGAAGGAUAUAGGGAAAUGGCCUGAGCACGAUGCAAUGAUCAAAAGUGCCCAGAGGAUAUGCAGCUGGAUGUACAAUUCAAACAGUCUACAUGCCAUGAUGAGUAAAGCCAUAGGAGGUGAGUUGGUUAAAUGGAAUGCAACUAGAUUUGGCACCAAUUACAUGUUUCUAGAGACCUUUUUGAGGAAGAAGGAUCAAUUCAUGGCAUGGAUGGUGUCUCCAGAAUUCAGAAAUUCACGCCAUUUCAAGUCACCUGAAGGUCAGUAUGUAUUUCGGUCUGUCACAGCACUUGACUGGUGGAAUGCCAUGCAGAGUGUUAUUGAUGAUGUUGAGCCUCUAUACAUUUUUUUGAGAUUUGCUGAUCAUGACAAGACUCCAACUUUGGGAGAAGUGCUCAUGGAAUAUCAAAACACAAGGCAAACAUAUGCAAGCAAAUUUGCUCAUGAUGAGGCCCGUUUUCGAAAGAUCACAAAUGAUAUCAUCGCUCGAAGGCUGGUUACUGUGAUGAUGGGCACAUAUGUGCAAGCUGCUUGUACACUCCAUCCAGCGUGCUAAAGCCACACCUGAGCCAAGUGACUUCGAUCCUAUUGCCGGUAUGAUGGACCUCUCAUUGUAUAGGCAACAAUCAGCUAUUCGCAAGUGGAUGGAGCUAGGGAGGUCCAAUGCAGCGCCGGCUUUGGAUGAGGAUUCUGAUUUAAGUGACACCCCAGUUCCUAGCACCAUCGUUACAGAUAUUGCACGUGAUAUUCCAGAGCUACGGAAUUUGGAUGUACGUGAAUGGGCAGAAGAGACUGUUGGUGACACACAUGUUGGUAAGAGAAAGACACGUGUUGGACCAUCGGAUCGGCAAAGGAAGAAAGGAAAAAGACAGGAUGACAUUGAAGAGGAAGAAUUUAGAACAGAUGACAGCACACCUGAUCCUAGUGUCGGUGAUGAUGAUGAUCAUGAUGAUGGGGGUGACGACAGCAGCACCGAUGCUAGUGAUGAUGGGA